ACAUGUGGUCUUAAGUACUACCGCAAUAAAAAAAAAAACUAAAAACGCGUGUCACCAGUGAUACUUCCGCGGUUAGUAGCAAUUCUUGGCGCCUUCAUUUACCAUCGGUGCGUGAAUUGAUUGCGUAGCGGAGUUCGCGAGUGCGUCGCUUUGGUAUGGAUUUCCGGAGUGUUUAACAUUUUCGCAGCAGCUUUAAAUCACACAUACAGUGACCGCCCGUGAUGCGAAUUUAGUACAAGAUUACAUCGAAAGAAGCACAGAAAACAACACAAAACAAAAAUGGAUUGGCGGAAAAAAUAUAAAACAGACACAAUUCUUAGAUUAGCUUUCGUAAUAGCCACAUUAUACACAUGUACCUCAACAACAUUAGCCGUUAGUGAUAAUAUAGUGGAUUUCAUUGAAAAGGCUGAUUUAUGGGAUGAACCUGAGGGUAUUUUAAGGAUAGUAGGAAGAUGCGCCGAUUACAUACCAGAAGGAAGGGAUCCGCCGCGCUCAGAAUGGGCCUAUAGAUUUGGAAGUCGUGCGCAAAUUUCACUUACGGCUCAACAAAUAUUUCCCAACGGAUUUCCAAAAGACUUUUCCAUUUUAUUAGUGAUUAGACCGUCGUCAGGUCAAAUGUCUCCCCUGUUCACUAUCUAUAACGAUGAAGGUGAAGAGCAGCUAUCUAUUACAGUAGGAAGGGAUAUUAGCAUCUACUAUGAAGACUUUGAAGAUAUUCCGGACGAAGGUACUUUUAUUUCCUUCGGUAAAUCUAUUGACGAUGGAGAGUGGCAUCGUGUUGCGAUCAGUGUAAAAGGUGAUUCCGUUACUGCAACUAUAGAUUGUACAACAACAAUCACACGCGAGUUGGCCCGUUCCAGUACAUCGACAAUUGACACUACUGGUAUAAUCACCAUUGGAUACGAACUUUCAGACGAAGGAUAUUACAAUGGCGAUUUGCAAAUGUUAAAAAUUGCACAUACACCCGAUGAAGCUUACGAGCACUGCACUCAGCAUGCUCCCAAUUGUUUAAGUAUGUAUAACAAAGGAACAUUUGAUAACACUCAACAUUCGUAUAGACACGAAAGCGGUGCUAACCUAAACACGAACAUGGGUCCUAUAAAUAGUGGAACCACACACUACCAAACCAUAACGGGUUCUACAUAUCCAACGGGUAAUUCACACUUUAAACAGUUCAAUGGCGGUACAUCUAGCCAUCAAUCAGGAACCUUUCUUCGGGGAGGAGGAAAAAUAUCAUUUAACCAUACAGGUGGUGAUGGUGGUUCCGGCAGUUUUGUCCAAGGAAAUAUUGCUGGAGGCAGUAACGCACAACAAACUACUGGUUCUUCGCAAGCAGGUGUAUCACUUAGUCAAAAUACUUAUGCCAGUUUAGGACAAGACACUGCACAUUCUGCCGUGGAACGUAUACUGGGCCCCAUACGCGUUAGUGAAACGGGUUCAUUUCACCAAGCUAGUGGUGGCCGUUCAGAAAAUCGUGUGACGACCUCCGGUGGAACGAACAGUAUGAAUAUAGGCGCAACUCUUAUAACGGACUCUGCGCCAGGAAGGGGCGAAGGCGUCUCUUUUCACCAGAGUGGGGGUAGUAGUGCAACUGGUGUAACUGACGCUAUAUUAGGUGGUUUAUCAAUUCAUCACAUCGAUGGAACGUCGCAUCAUAACGCUGGAAGUAUGUCAGAAACUAAAAUAAAUAACAUCCACAUUUCGCAACCCCAGGUACAUUCGUCCCAUCCGAAUGGUAUUUUAGUCAAUAAAACCUUCAUGAAUUCAGUAAUCACUACUGGGAUCGCAUCUCACAAUUCAAGUGAAGAACAACCAGAAAUUGUUUUCUCAUUCGAUGCAGAUGCGUUAUCUGAAACGCAUACUAAUGGCGAUGUAAAUAUAAACUUUGGAGAAGAAACAUUGGAAGAACCAGAUCUCUCUGUAUUUAGAAACUCGUCAGUAUCAUUCGAAGAAGAUAAUAACGAAAAUGGGAACAGUGAGCCAGACAACGAACCAAGUGGCAAUUCGCAUUCAGAAACUGAAACUACUCACGAUACCAGAUACCCUUACUAUGUGAAUGUAGGGCAGCCUGGUGUCAGGGGUUAUCCAGGACCCGCUGGUCCAGUGGGUCCACCUGGUCCAAAAGGUGACUCCGGUAGGGAUGGCAUACCAGGAACGAUAGGCACCCCAGGACCACCGGGACACGUCUUUAUGAUUCCGCUGAACAACCAAGGAAAUGAAAAAGGUCCCGAUGUGCAGGCAGAAUCGUUUAGGCAAAUGCUUUCGCAACAUAUGAUGGCGAUGCGGGGUGUGGAAGGACCUAUGGGAUUGGCAGGUCUUCCGGGUCCUUCGGGUCCAAGAGGUCCGGAAGGAACAAAAGGUGAACCAGGAGAUGUCGGUGAACCGGGACCAAGAGGUGAAAGAGGUCCAACGGGCCUUCCCGGUCGAGAGGGUCGUAGAGGAAAACCUGGCCGCGAUGGAGAACGGGGACUAACAGGUCCACCAGGAGCAAAAGGGGAACAAGGAUUAAUAGGAUUGCCGGGAUUGCCUGGAGACAAAGGAGAAAGAGGAGCUGUUGGCGCAACCGGAGAACCUGGAUUAACAGGUCAUGAUGGACUACAAGGAGAAGAAGGGCCACCUGGGUUACCUGGACUAACGGGAGAAAUGGGGCCACGUGGAUUUACCGGUCCUCGUGGUAUACCAGGUUUACCUGGCAAUCCGGGUAUUCCGGGCAUUGAAGGGCCACCCGGCCCGAAAGGUAAUAGUGGACCCACUGGGCAACCCGGUUCUUCCGGACAACCAGGGCCGCCGGGGCCAGUUGGGUCACCUGGCCCACAAGGAAUGUUGGGACCUCCUGGAAUAAUGGGGCCUCAAGGUAAACCUGGGUUACCUGGUCUAUCUGGUUCUGAAGGUGCUCCAGGACAUCCAGGAACGCCUGGAACCGCAGGAUCAAAAGGAGAACAUGGGCCUCCUGGACCUCUAGGUCCCAUAGGGUUUCCCGGAAGUCGUGGGGUUAAAGGCGACGAAGGAAAGAGAGGAUCAGCGGGAGAAAAGGGCGAUAAAGGCGAACGCGGGAUUGAUGGAGAGAAAGGCGAUUCAGGUGGAAAAGGAGAGCAAGGAUUGCCUGGCCCGCAUGGAAUACCUGGAUUAGAAGGACCUGAAGGUCCCAAAGGUUUUGAUGGGCCUCGUGGAGAAACAGGUGUGAUUGGUCCACCAGGAGAAAAAGGUAAAAUGGGUAUUCCUGGUUUUGCUGGUUAUCCUGGGGGACCUGGGGAUAAGGGCGAUAAAGGUAGUUAUGGAAAGGUCGGGCCAACAGGUGACAAGGGCGAUAGGGGAAAUCCUGGAACGACGGGAGAGAGGGGCGAAACAGGGCCACGAGGAUUUCGAGGAUCUAGAGGAAAAAGAGGAGCUGAAGGCACCCCCGGUCCUAAAGGUGAUACAGGACAGCCCGGUCCACCUGGUGUUCAAGGAGACCAAGGCUCACAAGGUGCUGAAGGACCGAGAGGUUUCAUUGGAUUACCAGGUCCCACGGGGCUUAACGGUAAAGACGGUCUUCCCGGUCCACAUGGUGAAAGAGGACCUCCUGGUGAGUCAGGAUCACAAGGAGCACCAGGAGCACCCGGUGUAAUUGGACCGGUCGGACCGGCAGGGGAGCGAGGCCCUAUUGGCGAAUCUGGAAUCCCUGGGAGUCCUGGGCAUCCUGGGGAACCGGGUGUACCAGGAGACUCUGGCAAAGAGGGAGCACCGGGUUUGCCUGGCCCGCCAGGAAAACCAGGACCGCAAGGGGCUGUUGGUGCUGCAGGAUUCCCGGGUGAAAGAGGUCCUGCCGGAUUGCCCGGCAUACCCGGAUUAAAAGGUGAAUUAGGUCCACCUGGUCCGCAUGGACACGCUGGAGACAAAGGUGCGCAAGGAGGAGUCGGACAUGAUGGAUCCCCUGGACCUGAAGGUCGAGUAGGACCAGUGGGUCCUGCUGGCCCAGUUGGGGCGAAGGGUGAACGUGGUGGUACUGGGCCACCCGGACCGGGUGGAAGAGAUGGAUUACCCGGGCAAAGAGGGUUACCUGGCCCCCCUGGUCCAAUUGGAUCUCCAGGUGAAGACGGAGAUAAAGGAGAAAUUGGCCCUCCAGGAGAGAAAGGUUUUAAAGGAGCAAAGGGCGAAAGUGGUCCAAUGGGUAGCUCCGGAUCACAAGGAUUGCGAGGUGAGCCGGGUUCAGUAGGUCCACCAGGAGAGAAAGGCCUGCCGGGCGAAAUUGGUCGACAAGGAAUAAAAGGAGAAGAUGGCCCCGAUGGAACAACAGGUCCUGCGGGACCGCAAGGUCUUCAAGGGCUCCCAGGCCCGGCCGGUUUAAAGGGUGAAAUAGGAGAUAUUGGUCUAGUAGGACCCGUUGGUCCUGCUGGGCCACCUGGCGAACCUGGAAUUAGAGGAGGAAAAGGAAUUGAAGGAGUUACUGGGCCCCCAGGGCCUGAAGGUCCUCAAGGCCAAAAAGGAGAUUCCGGUAUGCCAGGGAUAAGUGGGUCACCUGGAAUAGAAGGGAAACCUGGCGAGAAGGGUUCGCUUGGAUCUAAAGGAGAUGAAGGAAAAAUGGGCCAUCAAGGCGCACCAGGGCCGAGGGGAGUGGUUGGUCCGGAAGGGCCUAAAGGGUCCGCUGGUCCUCCAGGAUUUCCAGGUCCUCCGGGAGUACCUGGCGAAAUAGGACCCAAGGGCGAACCAGGAAAAGAAGGUGCAGAUGGCAAGCAAGGAGAUGCCGGAGAACCAGGUGAAGCGGGUCCUCCUGGAAAAGUAGGACCCGCAGGUUCGCCAGGGAAACAGGGUCCCGAAGGUCCAGCUGGUUUUCAAGGAAACACUGGAUUACCUGGUGAUAAGGGAGACAAAGGAGUUCCUGGACCCAUUGGGUUGCAAGGACCCGUUGGCCCUCAAGGUGUUCCUGGAACGCAAGGUGUAGCAGGCCCAAGAGGAUCUCCUGGACCGGCGGGAGAUGUGGGUCCACCAGGUAAAGCCGGUGGUGAUGGUCUCCCUGGUAAAACGGGCGAAACCGGUCCCAAAGGCGAGAAAGGGGAAAGAACACGAAGAGGCAUGAAAGGACAUAGAGGAGACAUUGGCCCGCCUGGUAUUAAGGGUGAAAUGGGCGAAAAAGGUGAACCUGGUCCUAAGGGGCCUAUAGGACCGGAGGGGAAGAAAGGGGAAAUUGGUCCUAUUGGAAAUAUUGGGUUAAAAGGGAAUGAUGGACCUCCAGGUCCCAUGGGUAUCGAAGGUCCUACAGGACUCAAAGGCCUAUUGGGUCCUACAGGAGUUAAAGGUGAAGCAGGUCCCCCUGGACCUCCGGGGCCUCCUGGUCCACCUGCUGAUAUGCCUUUACUACCACCAGAACUCUUAUUCCAACAAGAAUUAUCCAGAUCACGCAGAAGUGUGGAAAGUUUAAUAAAUGAUUUUGAGAAAGAUUUAAAGUAUAUUAAUCCCCAAAUCGCUGGACAAAAUAAACUAAGGGACGAGGAUUUGAAAUUUUUGGAUAUGUAUAACAGCAUAUAUAGUAUGAGACAAGAUUUAGAUCGCAUUAAAAAACCUUUAGGUACAAAAGAAAACCCUGCAAGGAGUUGUAAAGAUCUAUUCUAUGGACAUCCACAAUAUUUGAAUGGUUGGUAUUGGAUUGAUCCAAAUAGCGGCAUGCCAGAUGAUGCCAUAUAUGUGUAUUGCGACCUAUCGAACGGUGGAGAGACAUGCGUACCUCCAGAUGUACACAGCGCCCAUAUGCCUAAUAUUCCAUGGAGGAAGGAGGGAAAUUCGAAUAAUUGGUAUUCAAACUUGCGAGGUGGUUUUAAGAUAACAUACGAGACAGUAGGUGUUGUGCAGAUGACGUUUUUAAAAUUGCUCUCUCAGGACGCAUACCAAAAUUUUACCUAUUCGUGUAUUAAUGGAGUCGCGUGGUACAAUUCAAAAACAAUGAAUAACGAUCUCUCAAUAAAGCUACUAGGAGAAAAUGAACAAGAAUUUUCCAAUACGGCAAUAAAACCAAACGUUCUUAUCGACGGGUGUAAAACGAGAACAACCAAAAGUGAAACAAUCUUUGAAAUUCGUACCAAAAAAUUAAGUCAAUUACCGAUCGUCGACUUUUAUCCCGUUGAUUACGGUAGUUCUAACCAAGCGUUUGGUUUCUUAGUUGGUCCUGUAUGCUUCAAAUAAAAUCAUCAAGAGGACAUUAUACCCAUUACAGCGCUACAACCAUAUUGUACCACUAAUUAUAUGUAGCUACCUGUAUCUUUAAGAAAAUGUAAACAUUUAUAUUUUCUAUUCCUUAUACACUUCACUGCCAUUACUAUACAACUAAUUCAAAAAUUGUGGUACAUACCUACAUGUUAAAACCUUUGCAAUACCUAUGAUGCUCAAAAAAUUGGAAAAUGUUGUAUAAAAGUUAGAUAUGAAUAAAAAUAA